ACCAUUCAUAACCUUUGACCCAUAGAGCUGCUAUAGGCUCAGAACAGAGGCUGUUCACUGUGGGGGCGUCUGAUUGGCUCAGACUGAAGGACGUGGUGAGGUGGCAGGCUGAGCUGGAUGUACAUUGGCCCCGGCGUUGUGCGGAAGGAGGAGACAAUGAAUGCGUUAAGGACGCUGUGAUGGGGACAGAAGAAGCAGAACGAAGCUGAGCAGGAUCACAAAUCACAGUGACGCCUGUUUUCUGGCUGGCAGCAAAGUUCAGGAAGUAAAAGUGGCAGCGACAUACUCACUUCGUGUCCAUCAAAAAUAAAACGCCCAUGAAAUGAGUGAGCACAAGUUGUUAUUUUGCACUAGGUAAGACCAACUUGUUCCCUUGCGAACAAAGAGACUGUCAUACUGUGAAGACAGUUUCUCAGGGAUGACCUGUGCCCUGCUCCUCAAAUCUUCACCUCAACAGCCCGUGUUUAGUCCCCAACCUGCUGAUAGGAUGUCCUCCAACAUUUCUGCUGUAUUUCACGGUUUGGUCGGCCCGUCACCUCCCCCUCCAGCUGUUUGGCCUCCUCUAGAUUUUGCCCUGGGAGCCCUUGCCUGUUGUGCCGCCUGUGUGUUCACCAAUCCUUUGGAGGUGGUGAAGACACGUUUGCAGCUUCAGGGAGAGCUGCAAGCUCGGGGUUCCUACCAGAGACACUACUGUGGAGUCCUCCAGGCUCUGUGGGUGGUGGGCCGUACAGACGGAAUCCGGGGACUGCAAAAGGGGCUCUCAGUCGGACUUCUCUACCAGGGUGUAAUGAAUGGAGUGAGGCUAGGCUCCUACUCCUACUGUGAAGCUUUAGGUGUGACUGCAGUCCAUGGAGGUAGUCUGCUCUCAGGUGCAGCUGCGGGGGCGCUGGGUGCUUUCAUCGCCUCACCUGCCUACUUGGUGAAGACUCAUCUGCAGGCCCAGACUGUGGAAGCAAUAGCAGUUGGCCAUCAGCAUAACCAUCUGGGAGUGUGCGAUGCUUUUAUUACUAUCUAUAGAAGAGAAGGUUUACUUGGACUGUGGCGGGGUGUGAAUGGAGCGGUGCCUCGCGUCAUGGUGGGAUCAGCUACUCAACUAGCAACCUUUACGUCAGCCAAGGACUGGGUGUCCCAUACUCAGUGGUUUAGUCCAAACAGCUGGCUCACUGCUCUGGUAGCUGCCAUGAUUAGUGGAGUUGCUGUGGCGAUCACUAUGACACCGUUCGACGUCAUUAGCACACGGCUGUACAACCAGCCGGUGGAUGAGUUUUGUAGGGGACGCCAGUACCAUGGAUUUUUAGACUGCAUGCUGAAGGUUUUCCAAACUGAAGGCCUGCUGGGCCUGUACAAAGGCAUCAGCCCUGUUUUUCUGCGAUUGGCACCUCAUACGGUGCUCAGCAUGAUGUUCUGGGAUGUGAUGAGGCAACAUGCUUUGAAGAACAGUCAAAAAAAGGCAAGGACCAUUAAAAAACAGAUGAGCAGAUGAUUGAGAAAGCUGUAACAAGGAGUUGUAUCGGGAUUCAAUCGGAAGACCAUUCUGUUCAACAUCAGUUCUUUAAGCAAAAAGUCAGUCUAUCAGGAAAAAAAGCUCACAUUUUAGUCAUGAUUUGUUCAUUUGUUCUGCUUUUGGAGCUUCAUGAAGAAAUACAGCUCUGUCUACAGAAAAUGCACAAAAAAAUACAAUAAAUUAAUUGGGAAUAAAGAGGGACAGCAGGGAUGGAAAAUGUACAUGGACAGCAAUAUAAUGGCAGAAAUGUGUUGGUUUGUGCAAUAAUAAGACUUGUAAUAUUACAAAGCUAGAUAAUGUGAUGAUUACUAAUCAUUUAUAAUUAAUGCAUUUGGAUAACAAAGCACUAAUCAAUGCAUUAACAUUGCACUGAUUUAUUUUUAGUGUCUUAAUAAGUCCCCAUAAAUACUUCAGGAAAAAAAUGCAUAUGUUCAAUUUUCAGCUUUCUCAAAUACACUAAGUGCAAAGGUUUGAGGCACCCCAGCAUUGUGACAAAUAAAACCUAGUGCUGUUAUUACAUUAUUAUUCUAGUGGAUGAACGGGAGAUCAAUUUUGAUAUAUUUUUAAAUGUGCCUGUU